AUGCCGCUAACAACUGAGAGCAUGGAUGACCAACUACCGCCAGUAUUCGAUGUGUUCUCGGAGCUGCCUGGCGAGAUACGAUUGAUGAUAUGGUCUCUCGUCAUGCCGCCCCGCGUCCCCGAGGGCCGCACGAUAGAAGUGGCUGUUUACUACGACCACCAAUCAACCAAACACUCAUGUCACAUGAAGACUGGAAAGUUCUGCGAUAAUUACAGUUCUUGUCCUGAAUACAUCGACGGCCAACCGUUCCAUGAGGUUGACACCGUCGUGGAUGGUUAUUUCGCCCUCGAUCCAGAUUUCCCCCUCCUCGUCCUCGGCGGCCGGGCUGUGGAAGAUCAACUGCGGACCAUGAGUCUUGUCUGUCGCGAGUCUUAUGAUCUCGUGUGCAAACAAUACCCGCAAACAAUGCGCAUUCAUCGCGAUAAAUGGCACGCGGGCGUCGAUACACGCACCGUACGCUAUAAUCCGGACUCAGAUGUCCUCAUCAUUCAGAACAUCGACUAUGCGAGAUCUUACUGUGUCGAUCAAAGAAUAACAGAAAUGCCCGCCGAUGAAGCGACAAACCCUGAGCCAGGGACAGCGUUUCCUCGGCAUACUGCACCGUUUGCACCUUUUCGACAGACCCUCUCAACCUUUCAAAAUGUUGCAUUCCGAUAUGCCAAUCCAGACGUGUUGGCGGAUAGACUUUUUGGAGGACCUGGCCAGGAAGACCCUGAACCUAACUUUAUUCCAAACAUUGAGAUUAUACGCCUCAUGACAUUCAUGGCGUCAAUGAAGAACUGCUAUUUAUGGCUAGACUCUAUUUGCUGGCCCGAAGUGCAGAUAAAUGGCCGUUCUAAAGUCGAAGACUUGGCCAUUUUUGGUGAAAUGCUCUUCUUUGAGCAGCUCAUAGUUACUGAAGGAGCCGACGAGAUAUUGGAGCAGUAUAAAAACCGCGUUGAAUCCGCAAGAGAUCACAGGGGCCGAAGUGCUGAGCUCUGGUAUCCAAGCCCCCAAGACCUGGAUCAUAUGGGGUGCUAUCUGCCUCUUGGCUGGUUAGAGUCUACAGACUGA